AGCUCUCAGGCGGCAAGCUUUCAUGCUCUGUUUUGUCCUAGAGCUGUCAGAUAAGUGCAGCACAAGCGCGCGGCUGCGACAAUUGCUUCAAUCUGCUACGCGUACGAAACGUUCUGGCUACAGCACAUUUAACCAGAUGCUUCUCCACUAAACCCCUGCCAAAGAACCGUUCAUCAUGGCUUCAGUUGGAACGUGGCAUCGCCACAUUUACAACCAUCCUCCAAAGCAACCAACACCACAUUUUGUUGCCAACAUUCUCGGUCUUCAAUCAGGCCACCAACCGAACAACGUAACAAACGGAUUCUCUCAGCAAGAACGAACGCUUGGUAAAUGCCACCUUGUUUUAAAAGCAAAACAAAGCGAGCUGGAUGACGAUUCAACUUGUAAUGUUGAUGAGAAGGGGCUUGAACAAUCAAAGUCAGAAAUAAAAGCAGAUUCUUCUUCAGUCCAUUCCAAGGGAGUAAAAAGACUGAAAGGCAAAUCUGGAAGGGAAAAAGUCAAGAAGAAAAAAGCUAGGACCACAUUCACUGGUCGGCAGAUUUUCGAGCUCGAAAAGCAAUUUAAAGAGAAGAAAUAUUUGACUGCUACGGAGCGAAGCGACCUGUCCGCUCUGCUAAACGUCACUGAAACACAAGUCAAAAUUUGGUUUCAAAACAGACGAACAAAAUGGAAAAAGCAGGAAAAAAUUUGUGAAACAACAGCUGACACGGAGAAAGAUUCACAAAGCGACCAUUCUGACAACAAAGAUAGUACGUCUGGAAAUGUCUUCGACAACGACGACAAAACUUCGGAUUUGGAAGAGAGCAGCUAAAGCUUAGCUGGCGAGAAGUAUGAAAGGAUGAAACUCUAUGUAGAAUAUCAGAAGGUGUAAAAAAUCUGUUAUUUAUUUUACUUGAACUCACUUGCCACUUUUUAAACCUAAACUUCCCUUUUGUACAGUUCGGAAGCAACGGUUUUAAUUGAUCAAUUUUCUAGAUCUCAGCGCAUAAAGACAAUUAUCUUUACAAUGGUUUCGCACCUACAUAAAUUAAGUAACCGAUUAAGGAGAUCCUAAACGGUAAAAAAGCUAGUUGAACUGUAAAAAGCCUGAAACCGCUCGUUUACGAAAGACCCCGAACGCUUAAUGAGCUCAAAUCGCCAUUUAGUGAGUAAAUUUUACCAAAUCAUACAUAGGUUAACUCAGUAGUGUAGGAAGCAAUUGGCCAACGAGCAAUUCAUUCGUGUAAUAAUUGAGCACCGUCGCUCAAUACGGAGUAUAUUUCAGGAUAAAGUCAGCAUUUAUUCGGAUCUAUGACUGCCAAACGAUUUCUUAACUUUACAGAUUCUUUAAUUGCUCUCCACGCGUUCCGUUGUUCUCCGACUCAGGUUAUGGUAUUGGAAAUCAUAUCAACGCACAGUGGGUUUCUUGCUGCCAAGUCAUUUAUAACAAACAACUCGUCGAUCUGAUUUAAAAGACCGUUUCAAGCUUAAGCGAAAACGGUUGAAGCGCUCUGGAUAUUUCAAUUAAGCUAAAACGGUACACAGCUCAAUUGUCAAUUUUCUACGACUCCGCUUUAUUGAAACUAAGGCUAUGAAUUAUAUUUUAUUUGGUUGACAACUAUAGACCCCCUGCCAUUGGAACGACUCAAACUAUGGACUUUUCAUUGUUAUAAAGAGCUAUUGGUAACACUGAGUCUUAAUUAACAACCCCUCUACUGAAAGACAUUUUAUCAACAAAUCCAUACCUCGACCAGUUCUCCCAACUUGUUUUCUUUUGGAAAGGUUUGGAAAUAUGUCUUUUUUUGGCAAAGAAAUUGGGGCGAAUGGUUUAAAUGCGUCAUUCAUGUAGAAAAGUCUGCGUUCAAUUUUGCGGUAAAUAAAGAUGAAUUGGAAAUUGCA